AUGGAGUGGCCAAGUCGCGACAUGUUUUGGCGAGUGCUGAUGGCCUGCGGCGUGGUGGUGCUGUUCGCGACCGUCUUCCACCUGCAGCAGGCACACCUUUGCGGCACCUUCGCCCUGCCCGCCUCCAUCGAGUGGGACCUGGACGGGAUGAAAGAGCAGCUGGAGGAAAAGUUGCUUGGGCAGCGCGCCGUGUCCACGCAGCUGGUCAACUCGCUGCAGUGGACCUUGGAGGAGGCCCAAGCUAAUCAGGAAGACACACCCGGACUCAAGGCUAUCUUUCUCCUUGGAGGACCAGGCGUCGGCAAAGCGAAGACAAUGCAGAUCGUGACCGAGCACGUGCGGUGUCGCUACCACGGCGUCUUCGGCAUUUUGCCAUGCAGCGUGAACGUGAGAACCAUCACGCCCGUCGACUCUGGCCGCAGCCAAACCUACUCGGAUUCGUCCAGCUCGACCAAGUUCACCGGCGUCCACUUCAACACCAUCGAAAUGGACCUAGCCGCCUUCAACAGCAGCCACGCGUCCGGAUUUGCGAGACUCGAGGCGCAAAUCGCGGAAAAAAAUCUGAGCCGGCGAGUCGCUCUGGUUUCGGGGCCUGUCAUCGACUUCGUCCAGCUGAAGGAAAUCAAGGAUGCAAAGAAAUACAACAAAUUCCUGGACCAAAAGGCGAAGCACAUUGCAAAAAUUAUGAAAACGUCCGCUCCCAGGGUUGAUAUCGUGUUUGUGAAAUUCGAACCCCUGAAAGGCACCCACUCAUUUUUGUGCCUAGUGGAGAACCAUCAUGACGUCGAUUUCGCUUUCGAGAGCACCUACGACAGCCUGAAGAACGAUGAUAUCUACCCCCUAGGAUGCUUCUCUGGCACCAAUGAAGAUUAGCCACACUUUUCCCAUUUACUUUUUGUGUCUAUUUCUCUGAAUAUCAAUUCUGUUCCGUAAUUUAUAAAAAUACAUGUUUAUAACUUAUGUUUAUGAAGUACUAUUUUACAAAAAAAAGUUUACCAUAAGCCAGUCCGUUAACUCUCUCGACAAGCCCCGCGCUGUCAGGCGAUGGUAGCGCAGAAACGAAGCAAACAAGUGCCAAAAGCAGCAGAACCUGUAAAAAUAUAAAACAUUUAAGAAUAAAUUUUUUAAAACAACGUGUUUUAAAUAAAUUAGUUGCAAAACAAGUUAAUUUCAUUAUAAAGGAAUACAAUAAGAGAAAUUUUUGAUAAAAAAAAAUGUGAGCCACUUUCACCGGCCGGCUUGCUAGUCAAAACUGGAUGCCCGCCGCAGCGAUUGUUUUGAGUGUUGCAGUGCACAAGUUUAACCAACUAAAGUGUUGUCAGCGCCUCCGGGCACAAUCCAACUUGAACUUGGCCGCCGCCAAAGUAAACGUCGGAGAGAGUGGUCUGAAAAUGAAUGAGAAAACACGGCCUGUUUUCCUAAAAGUGCAGCUCCCGUGGCUUCACAAGUGACAAGUGUUGAGGAAAUUAAAUUACCGCAGCGUGUCAGCAGCACAGCUCAUAAAACUUCAUUUAAAGCGACGUGCAGGCAGCUGCUUUUAAAUUAAAUAGACCAACCAAGCUGGAGAGCAAAAGACAAAAAAAUCUACUUGAAUAAAUUUACAUAAGCCGGAAAAAUUUGAUAUUCUUAUCCUCCUAUAAUUUACUUAAUUUAAAACUCAUGCAUUUUACAUUAGAAUUAAUAGUUACAAUUUUCAAACAUAAAAUGUUAACAAAAUUGAAUUUUAAAAUAAAACUUUGUAUUUGAUUUUUAGUGCUCUACUAUUUGCUUAAAAAUGUUUUGGCAUCAACAUUUUUUUAAUUUUU